GGUUUGCUACACGACCGUACUUUCCUGUCACAUUACUUGGGACGUCCGCAGGCUGUUGCCGUCGAGGCCGGGUAGAGAGAGUGGGAUUUGGGCGUCCAGAUACACCAACACGGACAUACUGCUAACAUAUCCGACAGGAGCCACCCGGCCAGGGUCAGGGGCCAACAUGACGGAGAUUGCCUUACCUCUCUCACAGCAGUCACAACAGGAUAUGGAUCUGAUUGAUAUCCUUUGGAAACAAGACAUUGACCUUGGUGUGGGCCGUGAGGUUUUUGACUACCACCAAAGACAGAAAGAAUAUGAACUGGAGAAACAGAAGAAGCUUGAAAAGGAAAGACUAGAGCAGCUGCAGAAGGAACAGGAACAAGCUUUAUACACCCAUCUGCAAUUAGAUGAGGAGACCGGGGAAUUCAUUCCCAUCCAGCACCCGGCACCGGUUGAGCCAGCAGUAUCCACACAAGCGCUUACCAGUUCCAUGCAGAGUAAAGAUGGCAUAGGAACAGUAACUGCCUUGUCCUCGGAGGAUUUCAUAAAUCUUUUGACCGAUACAUUCCCCUUUGUCGUAGAGAAUGUUGUACCUAGUGCAGAAUACCAAACGUGGGUUCCCGAUCCUCCAAUAGAAACCAACCCGAACUUCCUGUAUACAACAGCAAACUCCGAAGCAGCUCAUUUGCAGAACACAACUGCUGAUGGAGAGAGCUUGCAAGAAAUGGAACAGGCCUGGGAAGAAUUAAUGUCUAUAGCAGAAAUGAAGUGUUUAAACAAUGACCUUGAUGGUAUGGUCAAUCUAAGCAUGUACUCAAAUCCAGAAUACCCGGUGCUGGCAGAGACUUCCAAUAACUACAGCAUGUCCAAUCCACAGUCUGGUUUUGAAAAGCCAAUUGACAACACCAUUUCCACCUUUUCUGGUGAACUUGGGGGUUCAUUCUCUACAAACAUACCUGCAGUGAACACAAAUGAUUCCUUUAAUUUUUGUGACGACCUGUUGACCCUCAUUGACACAAAAGUAGCCAAUGUUGUGCCUUUAGAAGAAAGUUUAAACCAGUCUCUAAGCGAGUUUCUAAAUGAAACCGUUGACAUUACAGACUUAUCAUUGUGCAAAGCUUUUAACGGAAACAGUCCGCAAGAAUUUGAUUCUGAUUCAGGAAUUUCAGUCAAUACGAGCCCCCGUAUCACAUCACCGGAUCAAUCCAUGGGUUCUUCUCUUUACGAAGAUGCUCAUUAUGGCUACAGUGAUUCAGAAAUGGAUGACAUUGAGAGCACACCUGGAAGUGUACAGCAAAAUCCGCCAGAAAAAUUUACACACACACUUUCAGAAGAGGCUUUCUACUCCCUUUCACCUUUAGUUCCUCAUGACAUGAAUUUAUUUGAAACCGAUGUUCUCAGCCCAACAACAAAAGAAUUGCCCACUGAACCUGGUCACAACAAAACCCCAUUUGCAAAGGACAAGUCUUUGAGUCGCAUGGAAGCUCGUUUCAGUAGAGAUGAGCAGAGAGCUAAAGCUCUCAAUAUACCAUUCUCGGUUGAGAAAAUUGUUAAUCUACCGGUUGACGACUUCAACGCAAUGAUGUCCAAGCAUCAGUUCAAUGAAGCCCAGCUUGCCCUGAUUAGAGAUAUACGCAGGCGCGGCAAGAAUAAGGUAGCCGCUCAAAACUGCCGGAAGAGGAAAAUGGAAAACAUAGUAGAGUUGGAGAGUGACCUGGACAAGCUAAAAUAUGAAAAAGAGAAAUUACUUGCAGAGAAAGGAGAAUACAAUAACAGCCUCCAUCAAUUGAAAAAACAGAUUGGAAGCCUUUACAUGGAGGUCUUCGGCAAGUUACGCGAUGACGAUGGAAAGCCAUAUUCUUCCAGUGAAUACUCUCUACAGCAAACAAAAGAUGGAAAUAUUUUCCUUGUCCCCAAAACAAAAAAGCUUCAAAUUAAAACAGAGUAGUGUUGAUUUAUGUCGGUUUCCUUUCUUUCCUUAUUCUGGGGUGGAAUUCUUAGGGUCAGUGAACGGGACGUGCAUAGCAGGUAUCUCACGCACAACUAGCUUUCCGGUGCUGUAGCACUUACAUUUAUGUGGAAAAAAGACUUUUGUUUUGCAGUUUUAUGCAGUUAAUGAAAAGUAUCUAGUUUUGCCAGCUGAAAUGCUACUACAUUUAUUUUCAUAUUUCAAGAUUUAAUGAUGUAUAGUACAAAAUUAUUUAAAGAGCAUGAUGUGUUUAAAGAACUAUCAUAUCCAAAUACCACUUUGAUUCUACUAUAAUAAUAGGACUUGAACAUGUGUGGAUUUGGGGUAAGCGCAGGAGAGAAGCAUGCUGCCAGAAACCACUAAGAAGUUAACCCCUGUUGCCAGCCUACUGGCACUUAAAAAUAAUAUUCUUUACCUAAGGCUUGGGCUAUGCCAAUAGUACCAAUUUAAGUGCUCGUGGUCUUUCCGAUGCCUUUGGAACACGCAUGGGAUUUAUAUUAAAUGUGUGCAGUCUUUUUAUACAGACUAUACUUCCCACGAUAACCCUAUUGUCAUUCUAAUUAACUGUAAAUAGUGCAAUACAUAUUUAUAUAAAUGUAUAAAAUUCUUAUUUUCUUUGUUACGAAGUGUACCAAAAUUACAUUUACUACACAAAAUUUGUUGAAAGAAGUUUGUUUUGCUCUUUUGUAGAAAAAGCUUUGCCUUAAUUCUCUCCAUUUUUUGUAUGUUCUCUUUUUAGCAUCAAUAAAAUCUAAAAUUUGGUAUUGUAA